CCUUCUUAUCUAUCCCAUUAAUAAUUCCUUCCUUCAUUCACUCUCCAUGCUUGUUUCUUUUGAAAUGCUGACUGAACUUACAACAACACCAACACACACAAAACCCCUUCCAUGGACUCUCUUCUCUCGCUGACUUCAUUCACUUGCACCCCAAUCGCAAUCACCCCACUUUCCCCAUCUACCACCUUUUCAUUCUUUAACUUCAGACCCACCACCACUUGUGUUUCUUCUUCCUACACAUCUCCUCCAUGGAAUUCCCCAAGAACCCCCGUCUGGGUGCUGCAAACGAUAAAAAAGGUAGCAUCUUUGCACACCCACAAGUGGCUUUCCAGCUUCCAAGCUUGCACAACUGAUGCAGACAAAGCAAUGGAAGAGUGGAACGGUUGCUACCUUCAGAACAGAGGAGGGUUGGGGAUGGCUCUGUUGAGCGUCACAGCCAAUGCUAAGCUUCGGAUAAGUCCCUUUGUGGCGACAUUGGCGGCGAAUCCAACCUUCGUUUCGGGGCUGUUGGCGUGGCUCAUAGCGCAGUCGAUGAAGGUUUUCUUGAACUUCUUCGUGGAGAGGACGUGGGACUUGAAGCUCUUGUUUGCUUCUGGGGGGAUGCCGUCCUCGCACUCUGCGCUUUGCACUGCCCUAACCACCUCCGUUGCUCUCUGUCAUGGCGUCGCUGACUCGCUCUUUCCGGUGUGUUUGGGCUUCAGCCUUAUUGUCAUGUAUGAUGCAAUUGGUGUCAGGAGACAUGCUGGUAUGCAAGCUGCGGUGCUAAAUAUGAUUGUAGCAGACUUGUUCAAAGGGCAUCCAAUUAGCGAAAGGAAACUGAAGGAACUUCUAGGACACACUCCAUCCCAAGUUAUUGCUGGUGCUCUACUUGGCUUCUUAGUAGCCUGUUUCUGUUGUCAAGCUUGUGUUGUUGGGACUUAAGGGAUUGAUUAUGUUGCCAUUUUUUUGUCAAAAAACUGUAUCAUUCAUUUCACAUACUAUUUGCUCUGAUGCAGCAUCUAGUAUAGCACCUGCUUAGUCAGCACACUGUAUUAUUAUUGUGCAUCAACUUGAGCGAAUAGAAUUUAAUUAGAAUUUUUUCUUCAGUGCCUUCUACUGGCACUGGAGGGCUGGAGGCCUUAUAAAUUAUCAUUGAAUUGCCAUAUAUAUAGAGAGAGUAAGCUUCUCCUCCUUGAAUA